CUUUUUACUGCGUACGAGUUUCGGUGAAAAACAAGUGCACAAACCAUUCGAACCAGUUUGUUCAAACGCAUUCAAGUUGGCAGCUCAACAGGUUGGGAAAAAUCAGAGCCAGCAACUGUGCGGCUAAUCUCCCUAGAAAUAUAAAAUAAUAAAAUAGAAUAAUAUUCUUAUAAAUAAUAACGUGCAGGGACUUGCGGCGCUAUCGUAAACUCAAAUUUAUCUUUAGCUUUUUAUAAUUUCAUAAACAAUUGAAAAAACAACAACAGCAACAACAACAAACAACCAACAAAACAUUUGCCAAAGUGGUUGCCGUUGUCGUGUGUCGUUUCCCGUUUGCCAUUGCCACUCGCGCUUCGUCUGCUGAACAGCUCGCACUUGAAUUUUAUCGCGUGCCGCAAAUAGGCAAAGCUGAUUUCGAGUCUGAAUACCCUGUAAUUUGCAGAAUGCCCAGCAAUUGCGAAAUUUGUUUGACGCGCACAUCGGCGGUCUACUACACUGGCGAACACAUUACGGGCUGGAUAAAUCUGAUCGCCAGCAAAAAGCCUCUGCAUGUGGAAGCGCUCAGUAUCAGCUUGCGGUGCCUCAGCACAGUUGGCUGGCAGGAGGUGGACUCCAGGUUGCCACAGAUCGUGCACAAUGACAGCGAGGCCAUCAGGGAGCCCUCCUACAUUAACUACACGGGCAGCAAAUUGCACAUGGAGAAGACGCAGCGGCUGUUGGAGGCCGUCAGCCUGCGUCCGCGGGGCACCGAGCGCCGCAACUUCGAAUUCCAGUUGCCAAGCGAGCUGCCCGCCAAUUGCCGCCUGCCCCUGGGCCACACCAGCUACGCGCUGCAAGUGCGCUUGCAACGCCGCGGCAAGCACGACAAGAUAUUCGAGAGGAGUUUGUGUGUGAAGCGACGCAUUGAGAUGCGCGAAUUGCGGCCGGCCACCAACUCGAGCGUCAGCUUGAGGCUGCACUUGUCGCGCAGCGUCUACGUGCCCGGCCAGCGCAUUGCCUUCGAGUUGCAGCCCACAGAGCCUGCCGCAUGCCGCACCUGUCUCUGCCAGGUGAUUACCUAUCGCAGCGACAAGCCCGUGGUCAAAGAGAAGCGCGUAGAGCGCGUGCUCGACGAGAGCUUCGAUUGGGCCGGCGUCCUCCAUCUGCCGCUCUUCACGCCCCUUAUGACGCAGUUGCAAGGCGAGCCCAUCGAGAUCUCUUACUUUGUGGAGGCAGGCAGCAGCCUCUGCAGGCAGCCAUUACGCUUGCCUCUGUGGGUGGGCAGUGUGGCGCCACCUAUGGACGGCACUGCGGACGCUCGAGCGGACAGUCCGGGUCUUGGAUACGACAAUUUGGCUUUGAGUGAAAACGAUUCACUUGGUGCAGCGAUCUCCGAGCUGCCGCGCCACAAUUUGAACAGUGAAUUCCGGCCACCAAGAAAGACCGGACACGGCGACCAACUAAAACGGCGAAGGCGCCAUAGGAAACAGUCGUACAUGCGUUUAGCCUGGCGCUACUUCUAUGACAAUCUCUUUCCCGGUAACUAA